AUGUCGGACAUCGCAAAGAGGGAUUUCGAGAUGCUCGCCGUGGAUGGCAGCAACUACCUCACUUGGGCGACCGACAUCGAGAUCAGACUCGAUGGAAUGGGCCUCGAUCAUACCAUUGUCCAGCUUGAAGCUGGCAAGGAUGAACGCACAAAGCAGGACAAGGCAAAGGCGUUGCAUUACCUGCGACACCAUCUUCAUCCUGACUUGAAGUGCGAAUACAUGACGGAGAAGGAUCCGCUAGUCUUAUGGCAGUCCCUGAAGGACCGCUUCAGCCAGCAGCUGACUAUUGUGCUCCCCAGAGCACAACAAGACUGGAUCAAUCUACGCUUCCAAGACUUUAAGUCUGUGGUUGCGUACAACUCCGCUUUGCACAGGAUUGUGAGCAAACUGCGUCUAUGUGGCCAGAAGAUCACUGACGCUGAUAUGAUCGAGAAGACCUUGUCCACCUUCCACCCCGGCAACAUUGUACUUCAACAGCAGUAUAGAAACUCAAGGUACACCAAGUACUCUGAGUUGAGUGAAGUACUAUCUGUUGCCGAACAACAGAAUGAGGUUCUCAUGAACAAUCAUUCUGCCCGCCCUACUGGUUCUAUAGCUGUGCCUGAAGCACAUGCUAAUAUUGUUGAGAGUUCUCGCAACCGCAAAAGGAGCCGUGGAAGGGGAAAGUGGAGGGGGAAGAAGGGUGCCAUGUUCAAGGUCAAAGGAAAGGGAAACCCAAAGAGCAAAAACAAGAGUAAAGGUCAGCAUGAGUCCCACUUCCUCACUGAGCCUGAAGCUCGGCCUGAGAAGCACGACGACGGGGUCGUCGGUGCAAGUGGAGACGUCCGAAUGGAUGAGAGUGAGGACAACCUUCUUGAUGACUUUGAUAUAUUUGGAGACGUGCAGUAA